AUGACUUCAGGAAGUUCAGGAGCAGUCUUUUUCUUGGGGACGCGGGCCCAUUAUCAGGUGUUAGACCAGCCUGAGUCUAGAUUUGAUUCUGAGAAUGGAAAUACGUCAACGGAAACCAUAUACCAGAAUUCGACCUCGGUACAGGAGUUGUGGCCGAAGGCGCAGACCACUACAGCAGCGGAGGAAGCUGGAGAUCGGAGGAAUUGGAAUUAUGAGGAGGAUGUUACUGUUGCGUACGAGAAAGAGAAACAAGAGCUCGGCGUAGGUGUAAAGAGGCGCCCUAGGAGGCGCCAAAGCGAGGCUGCUCUUUGUGAAGAGGAAAUGAGACCCGCCAUGCUCAAUAGUGUCGGAGACAAGUAA